GAAGUGGAAAAACGGAUCCCCGCCCGUUUCCGGGUUCCGCCUCGCACACAUCCUGAUUUUCUGAUCGCUUGCACCCGGAGCUCACCGGCGCUUGAACCCGUUCGAGAUGGCUGCACGGUUACCGGCAUGCGUUGUGGAUUGUGGCACCGGGUACACUAAACUGGGGUAUGCAGGAAACACAGAGCCACAGUUCAUCGUCCCGUCAUGCAUAGCCAUCAAAGAAUCUGCAAAGGUGGGCGAUCAAGCCCAGAGGAGGAUGAUGAAGGGUGUGGAUGACCUUGACUUCUUCAUUGGAGACGAGGCCAUCGAUAAACCCAAUUAUGCCACCAAAUGGCCAAUAAGACAUGGAAUUGUUGAGGACUGGGAUCUGAUGGAGAGAUUUAUGGAGCAGGUGAUCUUUAAGUACUUGAGGGCUGAACCUGAGGAUCAUUACUUCCUACUGACUGAACCGCCUUUAAAUACCCCUGAGAACCGCGAGUACACCGCUGAGAUCAUGUUUGAGUCCUUCAAUGUGCCGGGCUUGUACAUCGCUGUGCAGGCCGUUUUAGCUUUGGCAGCGUCAUGGACAUCCCGUCAGGUGGGGGAGAGAACGCUUACGGGAACUGUCAUCGACAGCGGAGACGGGGUUACACACGUCAUUCCAGUGGCAGAAGGUUACGUGAUUGGCAGCUGUAUUAAACACAUACCCAUUGCGGGGCGGGACAUCACAUAUUUCACACAGCAGUUACUGAGGGAGCGAGAGGUGGGCAUCCCGCCUGAACAAUCACUGGAGACGGCUAAAGCUGUCAAGGAACGGUUCAGUUAUGUGUGUCCUGACCUGGUGAAGGAGUUUAAUAAAUAUGACACAGACGGAUCAAAAUGGAUUAAACAGUACACUGGCAUCAACGCUAUCAGCAAGAAAGAGUUCACCGUUGACGUGGGAUAUGAGCGCUUCCUGGGACCAGAAAUCUUCUUCCAUCCUGAGUUUGCUAAUCCUGACUUCACUCAGCCCAUCUCAGAGGUGGUGGAUGAGGUCAUUCAGAACUGUCCAAUAGAUGUCCGUCGUCCCCUCUAUAAGAACAUCGUUUUGUCGGGCGGGUCCACCAUGUUUCGUGACUUUGGCCGUCGUUUGCAAAGAGACUUGAAAAGAACGGUGGAUGCUCGACUGAAACUCAGCGAGGAGCUCAGUGGAGGAAAACUCAAGCCUAAACCAAUUGACGUUCAGGUCAUCACGCAUCACAUGCAGCGAUAUGCUGUGUGGUUUGGAGGUUCCAUGCUGGCGUCCACUCCGGAGUUCUACCAAGUUUGUCACACCAAAAAGGAUUACGAGGAGAUUGGGCCCAGCAUCUGCCGCCACAAUCCUGUGUUUGGCGUCAUGUCAUAAACACGCCCACGUGGGCACACAAACACACACGCACACGCACGCACGCACACACACACACACACACACACACACACACACACACACACAGGAUGGUCAAGUGCUGUUGCAAUGAGUACUUUUUUAAAUGUUGGUCCCCUCAGAAAGCAAAAACAGCCAAUGACUGCUGGAAACCGACUAAUGUGUUUAUUUAGAAUUUUUGUUGAUUUUCCCCCAGUAUAAACAAAGUAAACAGUCUCAUGUCAUUGUGUGAUGGGAUAUAACUGAUAAUAAGAUUGAUGAUAAAACUGGACUAGAUUAAAUAUUCUUGUACUUUUAAAGAAAUCCCAUGUUGAACUGUGUGUUUGGAUAAAUCCGGUCUCUCUUUUAAAGUUUCAUGGAAGCGAAACGCCUUCCAGAUUAAAACAAAGCAAUUUCUUUCUUGCUUUGAUACUUUCCAAUUCUUCAACGUUUAUAACAAAAAAAGUUAAAAACUUCCAUAUACUGGAUUUUCUUUCUUUGCUCAUGGUGUUUCGCCUGCUUUUACCUUCAUUAUUGGAAAUAAUAUGGACCUGACCGAAAGUUGAAUAAUGGCAGUAUUAACAGAAGCUAAAUUAAAGGCGGAUGGUUUGAAAAUAUAAAUGUAAAAGCAAGAACAUUCCAAUUAAAGCUUGUCCUUUCUAAUGAA